CGAAUGCCCCUAAAAAUUUUACAAAUUUAAUUAAUCCACUUAGUAUAACUCAAAUAUCCGAACCUCAAAACAAUGUUAUUAUACCUAAAAUCCUUGUUCCAGAUCCUUUGCCCAUAAACCCAAAUUCUAUUGCUAAUGUUCAAAAAGUCCUAGAUCAUAUUAAAGAAAUUAGCAGAAUUAACAAAGGUGAACGAAAAUGGAUUGCAGUGGUUUGUGAUAGAAUUCCUUACCGUUAUAUGCAAAAAUUCAAAAAUAACUAUCUGGAAAUUCUUUUAAUACCUGGUCUACUUCAUGAGGAAAUGAACAUAUUAAAAGCUUUCGUAGAGUUAAAUUGGUAUAACAUUAUUAGUUUAAAAUUGGUUAAAUUAAAUAAGAAUUGA